AUGUCAGAGCAAGAGAUCGCAGAAGAAAUCCGCAUCGCCUUCCCGGGCACUGAAGAGAUCAUCGUCCAGUAUCUUGCGGGCUACCUCAUUGAUGAUGCAGGAGAAGACGAGGACGUCCUUCAGAUUGGCCGCGAAAUCCUCCACUCAGUGGCGGGAGACGAGAAGCGUCAGCAGCUAGAUGCUCUCAUGCAAAAACUGGAAAGCAUGCUCGAAGACCAGCUCAAAGUGCGACAAAAAAGCAGGAACCAGCCCAAGCUGCAGAAACUGGAUAAAGUUAUGGAUAUGAGCAAGACUGCUCUUUCCAAGACGUUAGUUCUAAACGACGCUGUUGAUCUCGAGAGUAUUAACAAGGGGAAGGCAUCUCGGGUCGAUGUUAAGAAGCUCGAAAAGCAAGAAGCCAAGCUGAGGGCCAAGAUCGAAAAACGCGCAAGGAGAGAUUUGUACGAAGGUUCAAAGCUCCUCGAUGCGCACAAGAAACAGCAAACGUACGAGGAGAUGUUCAUGAAGGCAACGGCCGCCAAUGCGAAAAACAAGAGCAAGGACAUCCACCUCCCUUCUAUCGAUGUCAGUUUCGGUUCCAACCGAAUCCUGUCUGGUGCAAGUCUUACCCUGGCUCACGGACGGCGAUAUGGUCUCAUUGGUCGCAACGGUAUUGGUAAAUCUACCUUGCUCCGCCACAUCGCCAUGCGUGAGGUUCCUAUCCCCCCGCAUAUUACCAUCCUAUUCGUGGAACAAGAAAUCGUUGGCGACGACACCAAAGCCAUCGACUCAGUUCUCAAGGCCGACGUAUGGAGAGACCAUUUGUUGAAGGAGCAAGCAUCCCUGGAUACGCAACUCGCUGAGCUGGAAUCCGAGAAUGAUGAGAAACGCUUUGACGAUGCCCGUGAAGAGCUCUCUUCACGCCUUGCAGAGGUCCACGCCCAACUCGCAGAAAUGGACGCCGCCAGUGGUCCAGCACGCGCAGCGGCCUUACUGGCAGGCCUUGGAUUCGAUGAAGCAGAUCAACAGCGGCCGACGAAAUCUUUCAGUGGUGGAUGGAGAAUGCGUCUUGCCUUGGCCCCUGAUCCUGACACCCUUCUCAAGCCAGCACUUCUGUUGCUCGACGAGCCUUCCAAUCACAUCGAUUUGAAUGCCUUGGCAUGGCUUGAAGAUUAUCUACAAACGUGGCCAGGAACAAUUCUCGUCGUAUCUCACGACAGAGCUUUCCUGGAUGCAGUUGCCACCGACAUCGUUCACCAGCACUCUGGCCGCCUAGAUUAUUACAAAGGAAACUUUACUCAAUUCUACUCGACCAAGUCCGAGCGUGACCGCAACUUGCGAAAGGAGUACGAGGCGCAGUUGGAUUAUCGUAAACAUCUACAGGCCUUCAUCGAUCGCUGGCGAUAUAAUGCCAAUCGCGCGGCCCAGGCGCAGAUGAAGAUCAAAAUUUUAGAGAAGUUGCCUGACUUGCAGCCACCAGAAGAGGAAGAGUCGGAGACAUUCAAAUUCCCUGAAACCGACAAGCUUUCACCCCCUCUGCUGCAAAUGUCAGAGGUGACGUUUGGGUAUACGCCAGACAAACUGAUUCUCAAGAACGUUUACUUUGACGUUGGCCUCGACUCAAGAGUGGCUAUCGUCGGUGCGAACGGUGCUGGUAAAUCGACACUAGUUAAGAUCCUAACUGGCGAGGUUCAACCAUUAUCGGGUCAUGUCACUCGUAACGGACGCCUCCGGGUGGGUUACUUUGCACAACACCAUGUCGACACCCUCGACCCCACCAUGUCGCCUGUUCAAUUCUUAGCCUCCAAGUUCCCUGGAAGGACGGAACAAGAAUACAGGAGCCACUUGGGUAACUUCCAAAUCACUCUCAGUUUGCAACCAAUAGCAACCCUUUCUGGAGGUCAAAAGUCGCGUGUUGCCUUCGCACUCCUUUCCCUUCAACGCCCCCAUGUCCUCUUGCUUGACGAACCUACCAACCACCUCGACAUCGAAGGUUUGGACGCGUUGAUGAAAGCACUUCAAGCUUGGAACGGCGGCGUUAUCUUGAUCUCUCACGACGAGAGGUUCAUUACAUCUGUUGCUAAAGAGCUGUGGGUCUGCGGAGACGGAACUGUGACCAAAUUUAAGGGAGACGUGCAGGCAUACAAGAAACUCAUUGUCAGCAAUGUCAAGAGCAAGCCUUAA